AUGAUCGUUCGGAUCUCCUUAUUGGCCAGUUUACUGGUCAUUUCGACCAUCGCAUUCGAAUGUUCUCCUGACACAAUUCUUCGAAUGGCAACCAACAAAAGAGAAAAGCAGUUGGAAAGAGAGUGUCAUGAAGUGAAGACAGGACAAGAGGUGUGUGAAACAAAGGAUGAGUUGGAGAAAAGCUGGAAGGAAUUCCAAGAAGUUUCGGAUGAUUACAAGAAGGCAGUGGCCGAAUGCAGAAAAUAUGUCGAGGAGAAGAGCAGACCAAAGAGAUUCCUUGAUGAGAAGGAGAGCGGACCUGUUGAUAGUGAAGAAGCAAAUGAGAAAACAAGAGAGAAGAGACGAAAAAAUUAUGAAGACAUCGAUUCAAAACUGUAUGAUAGCCAGGAAACAGAAACAGUUGGGAAAGUAUACGAAACAAUUGAGAAAGCACGAUCCAAGACGAAAAGACAAUUAGAUGGAACCGUUCUCGAUGGAGACAUGGGAGACCCAACUGAUGGACAAGAAACCAAUGAUCAUGCAAGAAGAAGAAGACAUCAUAACCAUGAUGGACAUCAGAAUCAUGGAGAGAAGCAUCAUGAGAAUAUGGAUCAUCAUAAACACGGGAAUCAUCAUGGAAGAGUUCGUAGAAAUGGAGAUCAUGAUCCAAAUGAUCCAAAUAUUGAUCAUACUGGGCAUAACCAUAGACGCAAGAGAAGUACAGAUGAUGAUCCAAGCGACACCACUAUCGAUCAUACCGGACAUAACCACAGAAUGAGAAGAAGUCAUGAUGACGAUCCAAGUGACACCACCAUCGACCAUACCGGACACAAUCAUCGUCGUCGUCGUUCGGGAGAUCAUGAUCCAAAUGAUCCAAAUAUUGACCACACUGGACAUAACCAUAGACGCAAGAGAAAUCAUGAUGAUGACCCUAGUGACACCACCAUUGACCACACUGGACACAACCACAGACGCCGUCGUUCUGGAGAUCAUGACCCGAAUGACCCAGAUAUUGACCACACCGGACACAACCACAGACGUAGAAGAAGCCACGAUGAUGAUCCAAAUGACACUACAAUCGAUCACACCGGACAUAACCAUCGUCGUCGUCGUUCUGGAGAUCAUGACCCAAAUGACCCGGAUAUUGACCACAGUGGACAUAACCAUCGCCGUCGUAGACAUCAUCAAGCCUCUCGUAUUCGUCGAACCGUUUGUUCAACUGCCGGUAGCGAACAACUCUCCGCAAUGAGUUCCAAGUUUUCAAAGCAUUGCGAACGCGAGAAUAUCUGUCUGCCAGAUGAAGAUCUUCCAAAAGGAAAACAACAGGACGCUAUUGUUGCACUCCAGAAGGAGAGAGCCAAGAAGUACUCUGCGUAUUUGACACAAGUUUCCAAGUGCUACGGAAAACUUUAA